AUGCGCACCGCUGUCUCUGACCUCUACUUGGAGCACUUGCUGCAGAAGCACAGCCAGCCCGAGGGCUCAUACCAGGCGAACGCUGUGACCGAGGGCAUGUACACCAAUGGCUGGGCUGCCCCAGGAAGGCUUGCCCAGGCCAAGGGGCAGGACAUACAGAAGGUGGGACUCAUCCAGUUCGAGACGGUCACCCAAGAGCCCAUGGGAAUCAUCCUGAAGCUGAACGACAAGCAGUCCUGUACUGUGGCCAUGAUUCACAGACAAGGCUCCCUUCACGUUGGGGAUGAGAGCCUAGAAAUCAAUGGCACAAACGCAACUAAUCACUCAGUAGAGCGGCUGCAGAAGGCAAUGAAAGAAACCAAAGGAACGAUCUCAUUAAAAGUAAUUCCCAACCAGCAGAAUCAUCUUCCUGCACUACAGAUGGUCAUGAGAGCCAAGUUUGACUAUGACCCCAAAAAGGACCACCUGAUCCCCUGCAAGGAGGCGGGGCUGAAGUUUGUUACCAGGGACAUCAUCAAGAUACUCAGCAAAGACGACAGUAACUGGUGGCAAGGGCAGGUGGAAGCUUCCUCCAAGGAGUCAGCUGGAUUGAUCCUUUCUCCUGAGCUGCAGGAAUGGCGAGUGGCAAGCGUGGCUCAGUCUGCUGCGAGCGAAGCCCCAAGCUGCAGUCCCUUCGGGAAGAAGUACAAAGACCAGUACCUGGCCAAGCACAGCUCGAUUUUUGACCAGUUGGAGGUCGUUUUCUACGAGGAAGUUGGUCGGCUCCCGGCGUUCAUGAGGAAGACCCUGGUGCUUAUAGGAGCCAGCGGGGUGGGCCGCUGCCACAUUAAGAGUGCCCUGCUCAGCCAGAACCUGGACAAGUUUGCGUACCCCACCCCGUGUACCACACGGCCGCCCAGGAAGAGUGGGGAAGAUGGAAAAUACCACUUUGUCUCCACCGAAGAGAUGACGAGGGGCAUCUCUGCCAACGAAUUCCUGGAGUUUGGCAGCUACCAGGGCAACGUGUUUGGCACCACAUUUGAAACCCUGCACCAGAUUCAUAAGCAGGACAGGAUUGCCAUCCUGGACAUUGAGCCCCAGACCCUGAAGAUUGUCUGCACAGCAGAACUGUCAUCGUUCAUUGUGUUCAUCGCACCCUCCGACCAGGGGGCACAGACAGAGGCCCUGCAGCAGCUGCAGAAAGACUCCGAGGCCAUCCGCAGCCACUAUGCGUACUACUUUGACCUCUCGCUGGUCAACAACGGUGUCGAUGAAACCCUGAAGAAAUUGCAAGAAGCCGUGGAGCAGGCGUGCAGUUCUCCAGAGUGGGUGCCCGUCUCCUGGGUUUACUAA